AAUCAAUUUGACACCUCUCAGGUGAAUCACUUUGGUUGGGAAUGUGCAGUUUGCGCACAUUUGGCGCAGUUAUGACGCACAGAAGAUGUGAAGCCACGCCCGUUGUUGUGGGUGUUGUGCAAACACCGAAACACCAGAGGAAAAAAGCUUCGUCCUUUACCAGUCAGUUAUAUCCGUUUGAUGUCUUGAGCUCUGUGCCCACCUCUGUCCUCUGAGACGUGAGACACGUCGUUGCCGUAAUAACAGUGAACUAGUGUUGAUUUUUCCGCAGGUCAUGUUACUGACAAUCUUAACACUGUCCUGUUUCGCCUUAGGUUCAUCCAUAAAUGACCAUGACUAUACUGAAUAUGACCAUAAGCGGUGCUAUGGCAGAGAUUUUCGCUUCCCAUUUGAAUAUACACCACCUGGUUUCCGUGGACAGAUAUAUUUCACUCCGAGUAAGACAGGGGGAUCCAGGAAGCUAGUGAUGGAAAACGGGGAGGCAAAAGACCCACGCUUGAAGGUUUCUUUGAAUUCAGUUACUUUGGAACAUUUGACAGAAAGAGAUGAAGGAACUUUUUCGAUCUCAGUUGAUGGCAACAGACUACAUGAUGUCAUCGAACUGGAAAUUACAGAGUGUGCUGAACAAGUGGUGAGGUCUUACAACGGUAGGUACUCCCACAAUGUUCCUAGAGGGGCUGAAUUCUUGGAGUUCACUCCCAUCUUCAGACUGGACCAGCCAAGGGUCCUGUGGAAUCGCACAGACCCUCAGACCAAUACGGGAGGCAGAGGACAUGUGAAGCGUAAUGUCUGGGAGAUUUCCGAACUCACUCAGACAGACAACGGCUUCUACAACUUCAGGAAAAAAGACAAGACUCUGAAAUCUAGGAUAAAGCUCAUAGUACAAGAGCACAAAACAUACUAUGAUGCAAAGGUGAACGAGGAACUCCGCAUCACAUAUCCUGUGGCUUUUACCCCGUGGCACAUGGCCUUCACUCCUAAAGGGGAGAAAAAGAGCAUAAUGCUGAUGAGAGCUGGCAAUCUGGUUGAAGAAGAUGACUCGAUGUCAGAAUCUUUUACUCUAAGGUGGAGAAUUUACAAGAUGAAGACAGCAUUAUUUAUUGAUCCUGUGGAAAGCACAGACUCUGGUGCCUUUGAGUUCAGAGACCAGGAGGGCAACCUGGCCCUUGUUGUGCAGGUGAAAGUAGAAGAUGAUUUUCCUCCUGCAUAUGUUUAUGCUCUUAUAGCUUUCGGCAUUAUCCUUGUGAUCGGCUGCUGCUGCUGCUGCUGCUGCUUGAGGAAGCGCACUUAUAAAACGAGCUCUGCGAAAAGGGAGUCCACUCCUCAAACUGCAGCGGCACCUGCUGCAUAUUACCAUGGUAGAAAUCAACCUGAAGGCCCAAGUUACUCUGCUGCACCACCUCCUCCAGCUUACUCUCAUCAGCCUUAUAAUCCUCUGGGCACUCAAGAACCUACUAGAGAACCAACUACCUCCCUUGGGCCCCCGGCGUACAACCCAGUGGAUAUCCAUGUGAACCCGACUCAGCCUGAGGUUGCAGUUCCAGGAGGGCAAGGAGCAGCUCCAACUUUCUCACUGGGCUCCGAUUGUCUCUCCUCAGACUCUGGACCAACGUUUGAGCUGAAAGGAGUAAACUUUCCCUCUGCUCCUCCCCUCAGCUCAAACUCAGAUUAUAAUGAUGUUUACACCUCAGACCAACUCAACUUCCUGUAGGCAACACAACAAGCUCAUGUGGUGCAGAGUUGACUUCAGCAUGGUGUUUUGUGACUAGGUGGCACAUAGCUACUUCAAUCCUUGACACAUGACCAAACUUAUCAUAAGUUACUCAGGGUAUGGGAUAUUGUCUUUUUUAAUGUAAAUACACACACAGAUGCAGCGUGAUCAAACAAAUUUGGGGCCAGCAGAGUAUUAUUAGCUUUGGGUUUUGUAUUUUUGAGAAUUUUAAACCUUUACUGGACAGCUUAUAGUAUAGAGACAGACAGAGACAAAGUAUUAAUAGUGUUUUAUCAGUUUACUCUUGAUAUCUUAAGUUGGUUGCAAGGCUGCAGUUGAGUGUGAAGCAGUGGAGUCUAAAAACAAGACAUUUAUCAAUUAAGGUCUAUUCCUACAUAUGCUGUAUUUCAAGAGUUAAGUGCCUCAUCAGAGCAUCUCUAUAAUAUAGAAUAUAAAACAACACACUACACUCAGCAAUUUAAGCCAUGGUUACUGACUUUACUAAUCUAUACAUAAUGUUUUUAUAUUGUUGUUUCAAACCUUUUUCAUGUUUCUUCAGGUUCAUAUAUAAAUGUGUCUGGAUUUUUGAGAAAUGAUGUGGUCUUUUUUUGUUUGUUUGUAAAACUGUAAAGUGUUACUCUGUUUGUCUUUUCACACAUUUGUAGAUCUUGUGUAAGCUGGAGCUAUUUUUUCCAUAAACUCUUCUUUUGGCUUUGAGAAACUCCAUUAAUGUAAAAUUGUGAUAUUUGAUAUGUGGUAUAAAUGUUUGCGGAAAGAUGUGUGAUUAAACUUUGACCUUAACAUUU